AGGCAAGCCAUCACAAAUCUUUGGGCUUCGUCGGACGCAUGCUGCCCGAGUACUGCGGCGCAGUCGACUGCUUCCCAGUCGUUGCCAACGACGGCGCGUCGCUCGCCUUCCUCCUCGUGAGCAUGUACUCGAUGCACGUCUGCCUCCACACGCCAAUGAGCGUCUACAUGGAGCAGCCCUGCUUGCCGGCCAAGUACCUUCUCGCGGUGCUCCUCGUGACAUUGCACUUGUCGUUUCUCGUUGUCAAGUACCUUGGCGGCCAUGCAGUGACGCCGGCCGAGAUGUUUGGCACGACCACGCGCUGCGUGGCCUACCUCUUUUACGCUGCGAUUCUGACCGAGCACCCGUACCGCGACCUGCCAUUGCUCCGAGCGGCCUUCUUCGCAAUGGCGAUCCUCGGCUUUUGGCAGUGCCAGCAGCUGCUGCAACAGCAUCCGCCAGACGAAGCGUGGAAGCUCGGGCUGCACGGCGGCACGAUCUUUCUUAGCGGCCUUGCGCUACUGCCCGCGACGCUCCUCCAGCCGAGCGACAGUCCAUUUGACAAGGCGAAUUGGUUUUCCCGCCUCACAUUUGCGUACGUGGCACCGCUCAUGGGCGUCGCAUCCUUUGAGGCAGCCGACAUUCCGGCCCUUCCCGUCGCCGACGCUACGCCGACCGCAAGCCGACGCUUUGUCUCGGCCUACGAAACGGAGAAGCAGGCGCCAACGUCGCCGUCGCUCUUGCGUCUGCUCUGGCGCUUGCACGGCCGCGACAUUGGUGGCUUCUUUCUCUGGUCGAUCGGCAACACAGUCCUCGAUAUGAUGACGCCGCUCUUGACCAAAAGUAUCCUCGAGUGGUCGAGCCGUCCAGCGCCAUCGCCGUCGACCGGGUAUCUCCUCGCGUCGGCCUUGGUCCUACAAGCUCUCUUGCGCACCGUGUCGCGGUCCCAGUACUCGCUGAGCAAAGACCGGUUCAACAUUCGGUUUACGUCGGGCUUGCAAGCCGGUAUUUAUGCGCGCGUGCUCACGCUCGGGCCGAGCGACGGCGACGUCAUUGGCCACGUGACCAACUACGUGACGAUGGACGUGCCCGUCAUUGUGCGCCUGCCUGGCUCGCUCUUUGACGUGGCGCUACUGCCCAUGCAGAUUGCCAUGGCGCUCGUUGUCUUGGGCGACGAGGUCUCGUUCGCGUUUCUCGGGGGGCUUGUCCUGCUCGGCGCCAUGCUGCCGCUGCAAGUCUACUUGGCGCAUCUCGUCCAGCGCGUCAAGGCGCGGCUGCUUGCGGUGCGCGACGACCGACUGCGGCUCAGCGUGAGCACGCUGGCGGGGAUUCGCACGCUCAAGAGCUUUGGCUGGACGCGCUACUUUACAGAGCAGCUCGACGCUGUCCGGGCGCUGGAGCUCCAAGCGUUGCGGCUGCGGCAGAUCAUCACGGCGUUUUGCGACGUGCUCUCGAGUGCUGCGCCGCUCAUGAUCCAAACCGGCGUCUUUGUCGUCAUUGUGUACACGGGCCAGACGAUCACGGCAGCGCGCGCCUACACCAUCAUCUCGCUUCUGCAGCAGCUUGUGGGGCCGAUCACGGGUCUGCCGUGGAUUGCGCGCAGCAUUGGUGAGGCGUAUGUCUCGUUCAUGCGUCUCUCAACGUUCCUCUUGGCUCCGUCGUCAUCUGCAUGCGACGGUACGGUCGUCACGCGCUAUGACCAUUGCACGUUUGGCUGGUCACCCGAGGUGAACAGCAACGAGGAGCUGGUGGCGCCCUUGCUUGGCAAAGGUCCGUUCCGCCUGCACCUCUCGGCGUUGACGCUGACACCUGGUGCCAAUGUGGUCGUGGGCGGUCGCAGUGGGGCGGGCAAGUCGUCGCUGCUGCUCGCUCUCCUUGGCGACAUGCCCUGUGUGCACGGCGCGGCCGGUCGCGUCGCACACUCGGUGGCGUAUGCGCCGCAGACGCCGUGGAUGGUACCUGGCUCGCUCCAGUACAACGUGACGCUCGAGAGCGAUUGGGACCCAACGUUGUACGCGCGCGUGACAGCGGUGUGUCGCCUGGACGGGCUGCCAAUGACGCUGCUCGUGAGCGAAGACGGCGCCAAUCUGAGCGGCGGGCAGCGCGCGCGCGUUGGCCUCGCACGCGCCUUGUACCAGCGCGCGGGCGUGUAUUUGUUGGACGACUGCUGGAGCGGCCUCGACACCCGCACCGCCAGAGGUAUUUUAGCCGAGCUACGCACUGUGCUGCCGCCGUCGGCCACGCUCGUGCUCUCGACCCACGCGCUUGACCUCGUGCGCGUCUUGGCGCCGACGAUCUUCGUGCUGGACGACGGCGCUGUCGUCGAACGCGGCGCCUACGAUGUCUUGCGCGCCACGCCCGGGUCCCGUCUCAAUGCGCUUCUCGCCGAUGCCACGCAGAUGCACGAGCCCGCUGUCGUGUCGGCACCGUCCACACCACCUUGUGAGCGCGGCGGUGUCGACGCUGUGCCCGAAGAAGGCCGUGAAUCGGGUAUUGUGGCGCUCGAGGUGUGGCACGCGUAUGCCGCGGCGAUGGGCUAUGGCACGGCGCUGGCGUGGCCGCUCACCAACGUGAGUCUCCAGCUGCUGCAGAACGGGAUGGACUAUUGGACGGCGCAGUACACGACGUACCACGCGACGUCACCAACUGUCUUUGCGCGCGGCCUCAUUGCGCUCACGUUGGGGACGCUGCUCAUGACGACAGCGCACAUUAGCGUGGUCGUGUAUGGCAGUCUCCGCGCGGCCAAGAAUCUCUACAACCGCAUGACGCACCAGCUUUUGCGCACGUCGUUGGGCUUUUACGAGACGACGCCGAUUGGGCGGAUCCUCAACCGGCUCGGCGAUGACACGUCGACUGUCGACACGAUGAUUCCGAUGGCCCUGGAUUUCCUCGUGCUGGAAGUCAUUUCGAUCACGGGGUCGAUCGUCGUGCUCUACUUCACCAACGUCUACGUCCUUCUGCUCCUUCUGCCGCUGAGUGCCGUGUACCUCUAUUUGCAGGCGCGCUACCGGCCACCGGCCCGCGACCUCUCGCGGCUCAACCAUGUGGUCCAGUCGCCCCUCAUGAUGCACUUGAAAGCGACGCUCAACGGCCUCAGCGUCCUUCGCGGGCGCGGCUCGGCCGUUGCGUGGCAAGCCCAGUUUGAAGCGCACUUGUGUCUCUUCCAGCGCGUCUCGCUGGCGCAGUCGCUCACACUUGGCUGGCUCGCGAUCCGACUGGACGCGCUCGGUAUUUUGGUCGCCGGCUUUGUGGGCUUCUCGGCCGCGAUGGCGGCCGCCCGCGGCCACCCGAUGCCGUCGGCGUACUUGGGGCUUACGCUCAUGUACGCGCUGCCGAUUAUCCGCAAGCUCAAGCUCGGGCUCGAGGCGUUUGUGUGGGCCGAGCAGGCGAUGGUGUCGGUCGAGCGGCUCCGCGAAUACGGUGCACUCCCCGACGAAGGUGCUGGCUGUGGACGAGACGAGCCCGAUGGCGACGCUGACUGGAUCACGACUGGUGCGAUCGAGUUGGUGCAGGUGAGCUUGCCGCGCGGUCGUCUGGCCAACAUCUCGGCGGCGAUCGGGGCGCGCGAGAAGGUUGGGAUUUGCGGGCCGUCGGGUGCCGGCAAGAGCUCGCUCCUCAACUGCUUCUUCCGCGCAGUCGACUUUUCCGGUCGCAUUCUUAUUGACGGCCAAGACAUUGCGGCUCUGUCGCUGACGCAGCUGCGCGGCGCGCUGGCGUACGUGCCGCAGACCACGGUGCUCUUCGCGACCUCUCUGCGCAAGAAUCUGGAUCCGCUCGAUCAGUACGACGACGACCGCCUGUGGGCCGCGCUGCACUCGUGCGGCCUGCGCUCGCUCGUGCAAAGCUUUCCGCUGCAGCUCGAGCAGCUCGUUGAUGGCAGCGUGCUCAGCCAAGGCCAAACGCAGCUGCUUGGCAUUGGUCGUGCAGUGCUCAAGGCCGCCAAGAUUGUGUGCAUUGACGAAGCGACGGCCAGCGUCGACCAUGAGACGAACCGCCGGCUUCGCGAGCUCAUGGCCGAUGCAUUUUCGGGCGCGACGGUGCUGACGGUCGCGCACCGGUUGGCCACGAUCGCUGCCAGCGACCGGGUCCUUGUGCUCGAGCACGGCCGCGUCGUUGCUUUUGAUACGCCGACCACCUUGCUGCAGGACGCCCGCGGGUAUUUUGCGUCCAUGGUUUGAGCCAAGAAGAGGGUUAGGUACCGUGGCGGUUAGGGUACCGUGGCGGUUAGGGUACCG